UCCGGUUUUGCGAUAAGAUUAGCCAAGAGAAGCUCACAGGAGCCUGCACGUCUCCGUCGCCUCCUCUAGCGAUCUCGCAGCAACCAUGAUUAUUUCAGAGAAGAACCGGCGCGAGAUCUCCAAAUACCUCUUCAAAGAGGGUGUAUUGUUUGCCAAGAAGGACUACAAUUUGCAGCAACAUCCCUUGGUCGAGGGUGUUCCGAAUCUUCAGGUGAUAAAGUUGAUGCAGAGUUUCAAGUCCAAGGAAUAUGUGCGUGAGACUUUCGCAUGGAUGCACUACUACUGGUACCUCACCAACGAAGGCAUUACCUUCCUCAGGACUUACCUCAAUCUCCCAUCUGAGAUUGUUCCUGCCACCUUGAAGAAGCAGCAAAAACCGGCUGGCAGACCCAUGGGUGCCCCCCCUGGUGACCGCCCCCGUGGUCCGCCUCGCUUUGAGGGUGAGAGGAGAUUCGGCGACAGGGAUGGUUACCGUGGAGGUCCCAGGUCCGGCGGAGAUUUCGGUGACAAGGGUGGAGCUCCUGCUGACUACCAACCUUCUUUCAGGGGACCGGGAGCUAGGCCAGGAUUCGGCCGUGGAGCUGGUGGCUAUGGUGCUGGUCCGGCCACAGGAUCUGGUCUUCCUUGAAGAACAAAAAAAAAACAAUACCCUUUUUUUUGUCUCAAGUUAUUAAUUGCAGCUCUGUAGUAGCAGUUCAAUUCUCAUUGUUUUUGACUAUAGUUUGAUUGAUAUUGGAUUUUGUUGAAAUCA